AUUUUUUUCCUUUUCGAGUUGCAAGUUUUUAAGAGGCAAUGUCAUAUCAAAAUCCGUCUACCUUCUCACCUUAUACUCCACCUCCCGAUGAACAAAAAUUGAACCGUAAUUCUGUUCGAUAUGCUAGCAGUACAACAGCGUCAACUUCUGCUUCUGCAAACCCUUUUGCUGGAGUUUAUCGACAAACAGAACAGUUGCCCGACGGCCAAAUGAAAAUUAAUAAAUAUGAGACAGAUUUGCCAAUAAGAGUUGAUAUCGAAGCGGCUAUGGCUUAUGCUUUUGGUUGCGUAACUGGUGUUCUUCUCUUAAUUUUAGAACAAAAGAAUGAUUAUGUUCGAUUUCACGCGUGGCAGUCUUCAAUAUUAUUUGCAACCAUCUUUUUUUUCCAUUUAAUUAUAAUUCUUAUUUCCAAUGUUCUAAGCUGGGCCCUUUUGUUUACAGAGAUAGGACUAAUUUGUUUCCUUGGUUAUCAAGCCUAUAAGGAUGGAGAUUCUUUGGAACGGUUUGAGAUGCCAUUUUUUGGUGAUUUGGCUAGUUCAUGGGUCGAUAAUGAAUAAGUAGUAAAGUUCGGUUUAAAUAGUUUAUAGUUUCAAGAAAUUAAUGCAUGCAUCCAUCUCUUGUUUAAACUUUAUUUGUAUUAUAAUAAUCAUAAAGAACAACUUUUCAUACAUUAUCUGGAUUAAUAAGUAAUUUUGAGAAUUAUUAAAAUUAUAUUUCGUUAAAAAAAAAAAAUAAAAAAAAUAAUGUAGUAUAUAAUGUAGCUAGAUCGAAAUUUGUAAAUUAACUUUUGAUAUUGAUAAAAGAUAAUGGCGGAUACUUUACAUAUAAUCUUCAUCAAUUUUACAGACCAUCAUUAAAAACUCAUACAUAACAU